GUGACCAAUCACGGCGCCUUACACAUAAGAUAGUAAAUAGUUUACCGUAUACAUGCCAUAUCUGAAGGCUGCGAUACCUCAGUACUAACUUGGAGUAUGUUAAAACACACGAAACGUGUUAUUUGACCACACACCGGGUGAAGUGAGGAUACUGACAUACCUAGGAACGCUAUAACAGUCAGAUGUCGUGUUUACAUACAGUGUCAUAACAUUUAAUAAUUACAGGUGUAUUCCCCAAAAAACAUGAUUUACCAAGGACCACAUCCGGAUUUAGCCAUGACGUAUAAUCCAUUUCUUCUUCACAGACCAGCGGAUUACAGCGCCCUGCUGCAGCAGCAUUACUUGUCCUCGAUGUCCCUCCCCAUCCCGGGGGGCAUCCCCUCAUCCAUGCUCCCAAAGUUACAGCAGACCGUCGCCCGGUCGCCCCUCACCCCUGCGGAUCUCAUUCAUCACAUGCACCCGAGACCGAUUCGGAGUUUAGAACCUCCGGAACAAGAUGUCCAGGAUGAUCCCAAAGUGGACUUAGAAGGAAAGGAUAUGUGGGAACAGUUUCAUAAAGUCGGCACGGAAAUGGUCAUCACAAAAUCCGGAAGGCGGAUGUUUCCCCCGUUUAAGGUGCGAGUAUCAGGCUUGGACAAGCGAGCCAAGUACAUCCUAUUAAUGGACAUCUCCUCCGUGGACGACUGUCGCUACAAGUUCCACAACUCCCGCUGGAUGGUGGCCGGAAAAGCGGACCCGGAAAUGCCCAAACGGAUGUACAUCCAUCCCGACUCCCCAAGUACCGGUGAACAGUGGAUGCAAAAAGUCGUUUCUUUUCACAAACUCAAACUCAGCAAUAACAUCUCCGACAAACAUGGGUUUGUAAGUACAACGAUACUGAAUUCCAUGCACAAGUACCAGCCUCGUUUCCAUUUGGUGCGCGCCAACGACAUCCUCAAAUUACCCUACUCCACUUUUAGGACGUAUGUGUUUAAAGAGACUGAAUACAUAGCAGUUACUGCCUAUCAGAACGAAAAGAUUACACAGCUGAAAAUCGACCAUAAUCCCUUCGCUAAAGGGUUCCGAGAUACCGGAAGCGGAAAGAGAGAGAAAAAACGUUUGAUGUUGCAAUCUUCCCAGCAACCCUCGGCAGUCACACCGGACGGUCGCAGGGACGACAUACAUAGCGAGGAUGAGGACGACGCGGAAAUAUGUGUUGAUGAUCCGGAUGACGGACUUGACGAUGCGGAAUCGGUCCCAACAAUGAGCUCUCGAAUCAUAGAAGAAGCUCAACGACUUCGAUCGGAAGAGACCCUCGCACAACAGGCACUCGGGCGAAAUUCGCCAUCCCCUGUUCUGGAGUCGGACUCUAGUUCAAGUGAACACGAAUCAGCUGUAACGUCUGCUCCAGAAUCCAAAUCUACGGAAAGACACACAACCCCGACAUCAUCAUCGGAACCAAUCGUGACGUCAUCUGUUCAUACCCAACAAAAAGACUUUCUAUCACGUGAACAACAUUCACCUCUAGCCACACCACGUGACUCUAUAUGUGACUCACCACGUGACCACGAAACAUCAUCUGUGAAAUCAGCAACAGAAGAAAGACUUUCUUCUCCCCAUUCAGAGCUAGGACGAUCCCCUUAUGGUUCUGAAGGCCGCGUUUGUAAAUCUCCUGACAGGUCGAUCAAAGAGCACAGUCAUUUCUCGACCAAAGAUCACACUAGUCCUCCAAAUGUCACAGUCAUCCAGCCGUCCGUGACGCAUCCAAUAUUUCCAUACCUAUAUCCGUACAAUACAUCGGCAUCCUCAUUACCAUACCCAAUGAGUCAUUUGCUUUCUGUAAAUUCGUCACUUCCGACAGCACUGCCAUUUCUUCCUACCUCUGGACACACGGACUUAAGUAGCCAUUUACCUCAUACGCAUCCAAGUGCGCAUGCGUUAUCUGCAUUAGGUCAGCUUUCGUUUCCUGGUCAUCAUUUGUUGCAAUCGAGUUAUUCUAGUCUGAGUCCGUCAAUGAACGCUGAUAGUGCUCUGUCUCCGCCAUCGUCCCUAGGACCAAUUUUUCCCUCCCGGAGCAGCCCUCGAUUCACCCCUUACUCCUUACCUACGACUAACACCACCAUGGUAUCGAGUACGUCACCUGUUGCGGCGCCGGGCCUCCGUAUCAGUGCUCACUCUCCACCCCAUUCUUCGAGUGUUGGGGGAAUCUCUCGACCUUCACCUAUUCGACCACGUAGUCCGUUGUCGUCUCGCAUGCCUCGCCACAUUUCUCCAAUAGCAAAUCCAAACAGUGAACUCAAAAGCAUCGAACGCAUGCUUAAUGGUUUGGAAAGGAAACGGCUGGCCAAUCGCGAGAGGCAGUCUAUAGACAGUGCUAAUUGAAAGGUUUGAUAGUGACAAUGGCGGGUACCACCGACCCGUGCUCUGACCACGACGAUGUGUACGCCGAUUACCCCGGGUUCAUGCGGUACCACAUCAAAUAACGGCGAGUGCUGGACAAUCAUAUGGCUGAAGGCUGGUAGUUACCAGUAGGAUUUACAGCAUAUCACUGAGUGGAUGACAAUACGCUGGAGUAGAUCACAUUACAUGGUUACACUCUAUGGACUCAACACUAGAACCGUUUGAAUUAAUCUGCUCCAUACCGCGGGUACAUUCGGUGACUGUGUCGUCAAGACUCUGUUAAUGUGCAGAAAGUAGUGUCGUCUCCGUAGGAACGUUUACCGCGUGAGACAUGUGCUAAAAAAAAUAGUGCAAGUGAAUUCCAGAAAUGUCAGUAGCUGAACUAAAGCUGCUAGGCUACAAAGAGUCAUUUAAUUUAUUUCAUACUGUUAGAUAUUAAAAUGUAGAUUAAUCAAUAUUAUUAUGUUAAAAAUGUGUUUUGGGUUGCGACAGAUUAGCAGAUACGCAAUACUAGACUUUAAUAUUUACCACUAUUGUAUGGGAGCCGUGCAGAUAUCGAUUAUAGGAGGUAUGUGUCUAGAACUGUAUAAACACUUCCUUCUCUGACGUCUGAUUGGUUGGCUAACCGUAACGUCAUUCGUCUUUUCCUCAGGUAUAACGUUCUAAUCGUAUCGUUUGUCUUUCAUUGUAUUCUUUUGUUAUAAGAGUGUAUACUUUUUUUACUUCGAUCUCAGCCGUAUCAGUUCCGUUUCGUUCUUUGUAUGUUUUUAUUUGUUUUAAAGCUUCUUGCAAAUGUGUUAUUGUGUUUACAUAGAAAUUUGUGUUAACAUCUGUCUUCAAAUUUUCAUAAACAAUUGUAAAGUUUAACUUGAUGCCAAAACUACUUUAAUAAAAUAUUAACCUUUUCAAUGUUUAUAUGUAACUACAAUGUAUUACAAUUUCAGUAAAGUUCUUUCGAGAAAUAAUGACAAUUUUAUAUUUCAUUCGGAAAUUUAAUAAAGCAUUUUUUAUUUUUUUUAUACAAAACUAGAAAAAAUAUCAGUUAAAGUUAAAUUAGAUGGAAAUCUGCCGGGUGAUCACUGCUAGUUCUUUGUUCUGUUACCUCGAUAUGUGCUUGUUUUAUCUGUUGCAAAUCAAUGUUACAAAUAUUUCAUUUUCUGCAAAAGUUGAUAAAAAAUACAAUAAACUGUAUUUGAAAAUACUUCUUUGAUAUUGUAGUUUUUUGUUUCUUGAUAUUGUCCUAUGGUUGUUAAUGCAAUCUGAGCAUGAUUGCAUUCGAUCGUAAACUAUUUAUAUUCAUUUCUCUUAGG